AUGGUUAUUUUGCAGACAUUGAUUAUCGCAGGUGUUUAUCAACAGUUUUUAAACUACUUUCCCACCAAUUACACUGCUGGAAACAGUUUUGAAGAAUGUGAGCGACGUUUCUCAGUCGUACGAACCAAACCUAAGGUGUUUGAAUCACUCUAUAAAAUUCCUGUAUUCAAUGGAGAGUUUCAGCAUAUGGCCGCUAUCGGAUGGAACAGAUCCGACGGGAGAAUAGAUUAUAUUUGUGGAGGAAGUUUGAUAACGUGGAAAUUUAUACUGACAGCGGCUCAUUGUGUUGUAGACAGAUACGAUGAAAAACCAGUUACCGUACGAUUUGGCGAUACCGACCUCAGCAGCACUGACGAUGAUGAACCUGCUCAGCAAGUGGCAAUUGAACAGUUCAUUACACAUCCGAAUUAUCGUCAAUCAAAAGGAUACUACGAUAUCGCGCUAAUUGAACUAAAGGAACGAGUACUGCGAAACGAUGCAAUCAACCUUGCUUGUAUUUGGCGGGAACCAGACGUACCUAGCGGCUUGCUGGAAGCUGUGGGUUUUGGGGCGCUUCAACAUGGGGAUAAGAGCAGUUCCACCUUGCAUAAGGUUCAACUUCGAGUACUAGAUGCGAAGACGUGCGCCAAACGUAUAUCAAGCCCAGAACUACGAACACCUCAAGGAUUGCGCGCAGAUCAGAUGUGUGCCCACAGUGAAACAAUGGACACUUGUGAAGGCGAUUCCGGGGGUCCACUUCAAACGGAGUUGUAUGAUGUGUUUGGCAAUGCAUAUCCGCUUGUGGUUGGUGUUGUAUCUUUCGGACCUCCUUGUACAGAAGGAUCAACGGGAGUCUACACAAGGGUCAGCUCGUACUUGGAUUGGAUCGAGAAGGAAGUCAAUCAGUCGCUUAGUUAUGAAGCUUGUACCAGAUACAGCUGGGAAAACCGUAAGAAGAAUCCCUCAAUUAUUGCUACAGUGGAGCAAAACAGACCUUAUUAUCGUGUUGGACUGCUGUGGGAGAAAAAAGAAACAGAUAUCUAUCAGUGUGGAGGAGUUUUGAUCGAUUAUCAGUAUGUCCUCACAUCAGCAGACUGUGUCACGUCCAAUAGAGGUCAUCCAAAGUUUGUAACAUCAGCUCGUGAUGCUGACCGUGCUCCAGUUGAAGAUGUGUUUGUUCAUCCUCAAUUUAAUAUAGGACAACCUUAUUUUGAUAUAGCGAUUAUAAAGAUACGGAAAUACGCUAAUCCGAAAGAAAGUCUUCCAAUUUGUCCGUGGAAUGAUCAGCUGUAUGGCAAAUGGACCCAGACCAUGCUUCAGUUUGGAGCAACCAUUCCAGAUCUUAAUUCGGAAACUUCUAAACUUCGGAGUUAUAUCCAGUCAACGAUGCAUGAAAAAAAAAGAUCGGCACAUAAGGAUCUGAUCUAUGUCAGGCGUAAAGUAGCGUUGGUACCUGGACUGUGUAAGGUUGAUUAUGGAGGGCCGGUAAUAACAGAGCUUUAUACACAAGAGUAUAUAGUUCUUGGCAUAUUGUCUCGAGUCACGAAGGGAUGUGAUAGCAACGUUGUCUUCACCAGCGUAGCACACCACAUAAAAUGGAUAAAGUGGAUAAUGUUAAAAAGCCCACCCAAAAAAGAGAGAAAAGUAUCGAAGGGGAUGAAUCACCAUUCAACGCACCAUCGGCCCGAACAUAAAAGCUCAUUUUCACCAGGACUUUCGCCGCGAUGCACCUUGUUCCUGUACUGGAUUGCUUUGAUUAUGUGCGUACAGACUGUUUCAACUCUCAAACUUUAA